CUGUUAGAUUACUUUAUUUGUUAGUCGCAUGAAACAAACUAUUCAAAAUAGGUGCCAGAAAUCGUAUCGGACUGCUUAUCGAUAAUUUCGAUAGGCUAGUGGCAUGUCGGCCACUGCCAUCUCCAAUGCGCGGCUGUGUUUACUUAAAAUAUUUGUUAAAUUUGAACUGCUAAAUGCUAUUUAAAGUCUUUAGUGCCGAAGUAAUCAUAACAUAAGGAUGUGGAGCACUUCAAAUGCGUAUGAGAAGACGACCUCUGAAAAUGGGGACAACGAAGUGCAUGAAGCUAAUUACAUUAAGGAAGAAGAUCAUAUAGAGCAGUCCGAGAGGAAAAGUUCGCUGCUCAUCAAACGGAACAACAUAGCACUACGGAGAAACCAGUUACCCUAUUCAAGACCAAUGCCGCAGAACCGCCAGGAACUUGUUAAGAGCAUUGAACAAGAUCGUGAACUUCUGGCGGCGUACUUCAAAAGAUUGAGCUCCCAGCGAGAAGAAGUAUCUUUACCAGAUGCAGCUCCACCUGCAGCUGAUCCGCCUGUGCCUCAAAGGAAUAGCUACGAUCUAUUCUUCGAGAGCGCCUGCAUCAGUGUCAAAGGUUUGCCACCCAAACUGGCGGCGGAAGCCAAGAGCCGCAUCUCCCAGAUUAUUACCGAGUUCGAAAUCCGCGCCAUCUCAGAAAUGGAGGAGCAGGAGCGCAGAAUGCGGGUGCAGACCAGAAUGGAUAGUGCGUCAGGGCUUGUCUAUGAGUUUCGCCCCUGCUCGUAAAG